UACUAACAGAAGAGAAAAGUUCUCCUAAGAAAAAGCUGGUGGCAGGAGUGUAGAGGAGUAGCAUAUGGCAUUAAAAGGAGCACAGCUGGAGGUAGCAUUUCCAUCUGAACAUGAUGUCAGAGCAGCUGACAGCCUGCCAUCCCUCAGCCUUUUAUUCUAACACACAGACAGGGAGUUAGUGUGUGCAGAUCUGUGUGUGGAGAAGGUAUCUCAUUCCUCUCUAACAUCAUCUCCACUUUGCAUCUGUCUCUCUUAGUCUGCUUUUUUUCCACCGAUCUAACAGACCUGGAGCCAGCAAGACUCAGAGGAAAGGACUUAAUCAGGUUUAUGUGUACUAAAGGUUAUGAAGACAGUAUGGAGUUUCCAGACCAUAGUAGACAUUUGCUACAGUGUCUGAGUGAGCAGAGACAUCAGGGUUUUCUUUGUGAUUGCACUGUUCUGGUAGGAGAUGCCCAGUUCCGAGCGCACCGAGCUGUACUGGCUUCAUGCAGCAUGUAUUUCCACCUCUUUUACAAGGACCAGCUGGACAAAAGAGACAUUGUUCAUCUCAACAGCGACAUUGUUACAGCCCCAGCUUUCGCUCUCCUGCUUGAAUUCAUGUAUGAAGGGAAACUCCAGUUCAAAGACUUGCCCAUUGAAGACGUGCUAGCAGCUGCCAGUUAUCUCCACAUGUAUGACAUUGUCAAAGUCUGCAAAAAGAAGCUGAAAGAGAAAGCCACCACGGAGGCAGACAGUACCAAAAAGGAAGAAGAUGCUUCAAGUUGUUCAGACAAAGUGGAGAGCCUUUCUGAUGGCAGUAGCCACAUGGCAGGCGAUUUGCCCAGUGAUGAAGAUGAAGGAGAAGAUGAAAAAUUGAACAUCUUGCCCAGCAAAAGGGACUUGGCGUCUGAGCCUGGGAACAUGUGGAUGAGGUUGCCCUCAGACUCAGCAGGCAUUCCCCAGACUGGCGGAGAAGCAGAUACACACGCAACAGCAGCUGGAAAAACAGUAGCUAGCCCCUGCAGUUCUACAGAGUCUUUGUCCCAGAGGUCUGUCACCUCCGUGAGGGAUUCAGCAGAUGUUGACUGUGUGCUGGACCUGUCUGUCAAGUCCAGCCUUUCAGGAGUUGAAAAUCUGAACAGCUCUUAUUUCUCUUCACAGGACGUGCUGAGAAACAACCUGGUGCAGGUGAAGGUGGAGAAAGAGGCUUCCUGUGAUGAGAGUGAUGUUGGCACUAAUGACUAUGACAUGGAACAUAGCACUGUGAAAGAAAGUGUGAGCACUAAUAACAGGGUACAGUAUGAGCCGGCCCAUCUGGCUCCUAUGAGGGAAGACUCGGUCUUGAGGGAGCUAGAUCGGGAGGACAAAGCAAGUGAUGAUGACAUGAUAACUCCAGAGAAUGAGAGAGUCCAGGUGGAAGGGAACAUGGACAGCAGUUUACUCCCUUAUGUCUCAAACAUACUCAGUCCAGCUGGCCAAAUAUUCAUGUGCCCUCUCUGCAACAAAGUGUUUCCCAGUCCCCAUAUUCUGCAAAUUCAUUUAAGCACGCACUUUCGAGAGCAGGAUGGGAUCCGCAGCAAGCCUGCUACUGAUGUCAAUGUCCCAACAUGCUCCUUGUGUGGUAAGACUUUUUCUUGCAUGUACACCCUGAAACGCCACGAGAGGACUCAUUCAGGGGAAAAGCCCUACACUUGUACCCAGUGUGGGAAGAGCUUCCAAUACUCCCACAACCUGAGCCGCCAUGCUGUGGUUCAUACACGGGAGAAGCCACAUGCCUGUAAGUGGUGUGAACGCAGGUUCACACAGUCUGGAGACCUUUACAGACAUAUUCGGAAGUUUCACUGUGAGUUGGUGAACUCCUUGUCUGUUAAAAGUGAAGCACUGAGCUUACCUACUGUCAGAGACUGGACCUUAGAAGAUAGCUCUCAAGAACUUUGGAAAUAAUUUUAUAUAUAUAUAAAUAAUAUAUACACACACACACACACACACACACACAUACAC